AUGAAAGAUGUCUGCCUGGGAGCAGGAGCUGACUUUAUUGCCCUUAUUUCCGAUGGAGUAUCCCGAGUAAUCCGCAAGGAAGAGAUGUAA